CCGAAUGGGCGUUUGGAACACUCAUUCUCAAAACGAAGUGUGGGCAAACCCAUCGAGUCCCCUUCAUUGGAACCACGGGCGACACCCCUCCAAACCUACCUCUCCAGGACCCUCGUCCUUCUGGGUCCCACCCAGACAUCUCCUUCACUUCUCCCCGUCAGUUUGCUCACUUCAUCCGACAGGCCCCCUGACCCUUCCUCCAUCUUCGCGACUCCCAUCUCUACAUCCACCCCGCAGCCUGCGGAUACCCCCUCGACAUCCCAGGUUCCUACGCCGUCCACUGCCGAGUCCACCCAUAUGUCUCGUGCCGACACAGACGUUGAGGAACUCAUGCGGUUCACGGCUGACUUAGAGCCCGUCAUUCGCGACCUGAUUCGGGAGUACCGCGACGUCUUCCCCCCGUAUUUCUCAUACAGCGGGAUUCCCCCGAUGCGCGGUGUCGAGCAUUCCAUCCAGCUCGUGCUUGACUAUCGUGUUCACCAUCAGGCACCAUACCAACUCUCGAUUCCUGAGGCGACGGAACUCAAGCGUCAGCUUGAGGAGCUCCUUCGACUUGGUUUCAUUAAACCUAGUAACUCCCCUUGGGGUGCACCUGUCCUCUUUGCUCGCAAAGCGGACGAAACUCUCUGCCUCUGCAUCGAUUAUUGCGGCCUUAACCGUUACACGGUUAAGAACAGCUAUCCCAUGCCCCGCGCGGAUGAGCUGUUUGACCGUCUGGCAGGCAACCGCUUCUUCACGAAGAUCGAUCUUCGUAGCGGUUACCACCAGAUCCGCGUUGCCGCAGAGGACCAGCCGAAGACCGCCUUUCGGUCGCGCUUCGGCCACUACGAGUUCACGGUGAUGUCAUUCGGCCUCACCAAUGCACCCGCCACCUUCCAGACGGCGAUGAACGACAUCUUCAGGGACAUCCUUGAAGAAUACGUUCUCGUAUACCUGGACGACAUCUUGGUCUACAGUCGUACCUUAGAAGACCAUAUCAGACACCUCCGCGAUGUCCUACAGCGCUUACGCAAGCAUGGCUUCUAUGCCAAGCUCAGUAAGUGCCGCUUUGCCCAACGCAAAGUGGACUUCCUAGGACACCAUGUGUCUAACCAGGGUGUCCACAAGGACGACGCGAAGAUCACUGCUAUUGCAGAGUGGUCCGUCCCCACAUCCGCCAAUCAGCUUCGCAGCUUUCUAGGCCUCACCAGCUACUAUAGUAAUUUUAUCCAAGGAUACGCUAGGUAUUCCUACGUCCUUACCUCCACCCUCCUCCGGAAGAACCCGCCGUGGUUUUGGACACCCCUCUGCGAGGACGCCUUCCGCGCCCUCAAGAAGGCAGUGACUUGCGCGCCGGUUCUUCGCCUUCCCGAUUUUGAUCGUCCCUUUAUCGUCACCACCGAUGCGUCAGAUUUUGCAGUAGGAGUUGUCCUUUCUCAGGUGUUUCCCUCUCCUCCAGAUUCACCUUACCCUAAUUUUCCUCCUUCCCCCCCCCCUCCUGCUGACACUGCUUCUCGAUUGAUGCCUAUCCUACCACCACUUCCCUCCACUGACAGUCCUCCCAUUACUUACUCCCCGACCAUCGCGGAGGAUGGGACGGUCGAGGCUCGUGCUGGGGAUUGCCCGAUCGCUUUCUACUCCCGUCAGCUACUACCUGCCGAGAUUCGCAGUAGUUUAUGCUACCCGGCAUUGGCGUCAUUAUCUGCACGGGGCGCCCUUCACGGUACGGAGAACGAAGCGGCGCCGCAGUCGCGAUCGAAAAAAGAGCAAAGGACAAAAGCACAGGGCCUUGCGGGGAGCCUCGGUUAGAAAUAGCAGGUCCCCAUGGUCAUCUGGAAGUGCCCACACUGCGUGCUCGAUUUUAUAAUUGUCCCUCUCAGUCCGAUUUGGCCCAAUGCUGGCCACCCCUAUACGGGAUACAGUCCGGAUGGACCCCUACAGCAGAGGAGGCCUUGGAAGGCGUAAAAAAAAACAAUGAGCCCUUGGUUGAAACUGAGCCCGAAAUGUUGCUGCCAAAUAAAACCGAAUUCCCUGA